UUCUAGUUCUGCUGUCAUUUAUUUGUUUUAUUUUAAUUACAUUAACAGAAGCAUUACGACACGUCAUUGUACCUGAGUAUAAAAACAAUAAAGAUCAUUCAAAUCUGACUUCAGUAAAAUCAUCACAGCAGUCUGACGCGCUGAACCAACUUCAGCAGCUACAGAGAAGCUGCUUUGUUUCAAACAGGCUGUGAAUCUGCUGCCUGAGCAACGGUAACUAAGGGGCGGGGCGAGACGCCGUGACAUCGCGAGAACACUCCGCGGGAUCCCGCAGCGCUCCUGUAUCUCAGCCUGAAGAGCUCCGAGACCAGAAUCCAGACUCAGUCCAGGACAACACGGUCCACCAGUCACAGCGGAGACCUGCAGGACGAUGGAGAACCAGAACCCGGACCGCAGGAGCCAAACAGCAGCCUCGUGCUCUGAUAGCGCCGAUGUUCAGAAACGGAGAGGACGCGAGGGACUCCGUCACUGCUGUCACCACUGUGAUAAAUCCUUCACAACAUCUGGACAUUUAAAGAGUCAUCAGAGAGUUCACAUGGGAGAGAAACCGUACAGCUGUGACCAGUGUGGAAAAGCGUUCACUGCAUUAGGUACCUUAAAAAAUCACCUACGUAUUCACACUGGAGAGAAACCUUACAGCUGUGACCAGUGUGGGAAAGCGUUCACUGCAUUAGGUACCUUAAAAAAUCACCUACGUACUCACACUGGAGAGAAACCUUACAGCUGUGACCAAUGCGGGAAAGCGUUCACUGCGUUACGUAUCCUAAAACAUCACCUACUUAUUCACACUGGUGAGAAACCUUACAGCUGUGACCAAUGCGGGAAAGCGUUCACUACAUCAGGUGAACUAAAAAUCCACAGACGUGUUCACACUGGAGAGAAACCAUACAGCUGUGACCAGUGUGGGAGAUGUUUCUUUCGCUCAGAUCACCUAAAAGCACAUAAACGUGUUCACACUGGAGAGAAACCGUACCGGUGUGAACAGUGUGGGAAAGGUUUCACUCAGGCAGGUACCCUAAAACAACACUUACCUAGUCACAGUGGAGAGAAACCUUACAGCUGUGGGCAGUGUGGGAAAGCGUUCUUUACAUCAUGUGCCCUAAAGAAACACCUACGUAUUCACACUGGAGAGAAACCGUACAGCUGUGGGCAGUGUGGGAGAAGUUUCGCUAAAUCACGUGAGCUUUUGGUACACAGCCGUAUUCACACUGGAGAGAAACCGUACCGGUGUGAACAGUGUGGGAAAGGUUUCACUCAGGCAGGUACCCUAAAACAACACUUACCUAUUCACACCGGAGAGAAACCUCACAGCUGUGGACAGUGUGGGAAAGCGUUCUUUACAUCAUGUGCCCUAAAGAAACACCUACGUAUUCACACUGGAGAGAACCAAACGGAGAGGACGCGAGGGACUCCGUCACUGCUGUCACCACUGUGA